AUGCAAGGCAGCCAUAGUCAGUAUCCUCUUGCGCUCUGCUACGCAAUAACAGCACAUAAAGCACAAAGUCUAACUAUGGAUAAAAUUGUGGUUCAUUGUUCAGAAGAAUUCACUCCUGGGCAAACCUACGUGGCAAUAUCUAGAGUCAAACGAGAAAAAUUCCUUCAAAUCCUUGGAUUUCAUCAACAGUUUCUGCUUCCGCCACGGCCUGCCCUCGCUGCAGUAGUCACAUGCCAGUCUGGAGAUCCUGUUUCAACAUUCGAUUGUUGUAAAAACAGUACAUUAGACGAGUUGUUGACCAAGGUGGACGAAGAUUGCCAAUGCUCUUCGGAUAGUGGAGAUGAUUCAUGCAAGUAUGACAUAUGCACCUAGUAUGAAACCAUUGCCAAGCAACACUUCGAAUCCAAUGCUGGUGUGUCUGUCAAUCUCGAAAACAUGCUUUUGUGUAUGUCAGAUUUUAGUCAUGAAUUAUCUCAUCCUCCUGUCGGAUUCACCAUUAAAAAUUUCCUUUCACGUUUGCUGAACAAUAAAUGCCAUGACCAAUGCACAAAGUCAAUUAAAGCAGCAGCAGACUACGGUAUCAAGAAUUUGGAUUCCUUCGAGUUAUUAUCUUGCAUACUCUGGCAUAGAAUCGCUGACGUGUUCCAACUCUAUUUGACGGAAAAUCUCGAAGAAGUUCACAUGACGAAUAAGAACUUUACAUGUGCCAUGGUGAAGGUCAAUGAACUGUUUAUCACCAACAUAUACAGAAGUGACAUGAUAAAUGUGUUUAACGUUGGUCAAUGGUCGGAUAUCAACAGUGGUCAAAGGAGUCUUUCAGUUCAACUGGUGUUUCACUUGUACCAACUAUUCACAGCCAAAGUAGGAAAGCGAGUCAGAAAGCAAGAAGAACAGGAUCCCAUCUAUUUCAAUGUGGCUGACAUGGAAGCUGGUGGACUUGGAAAGAUCACAUAUGUUGGAGGAUGGGCAAUCCAAAAGUUGAUGGAUAGCAGUCGCAGAUGCGUUAUUGGCAAUAAAUCGUUGGAUUCAACAGAAUUCUAUUGA